AUCUGGUAUAAGCCCACCGUUUCCGAAAAUUCCAAAGUCGUGAGUUUAAAUUUAAACGUAUGAAAUCACCAUUCUCAAAUUUCUCUCAACAAGAUUCUCGUCAAACUUUUCAAAGUAGUUGAUUGAAGUUGAAAUUGAUUACCACAAGAAUUAAUAGCCGACGACACCAAACUCUCAACCGUCGCUCCACUCUCUAAAACCCCUCUUUUCACUUUCUCUCUCCUCUCAAAAAUUAGGGUUCUUCAUUCUUCCGAUUGAUCAACCAUGCUUCAUCUACUUUUCUCCAUAAUCUUCGUAGAAAUGGCAGUAAUUCUGCUACUUUUGUUCAGAACUCCAUUGCGAAAGCUCGUAAUUAUGGGUUUAGAUCGAAUGAAGCGAGGAAGAGGACCUGUUGUCAUCACCACUGUUGGCGGCACCAUUCUCGUUUUGCUCGUUACCAGCAUUUCAAGCAUCCUCACUUUUCAACAGCGUGAAAUUGAGCCUGGUACCAUCAAUCCUACUGAUCAGGUUUUGUUUACUCGCAGUCUUCUCGAUACUUCUCUCAUGGGAUUCAUCUUGUUCCUUGGACUGAUGAUGGACAGGUUGCAUCAUUACAUCAGAGAACUCCGCUUACUCAGAAAGACAAUGGAGGCGGUAAAGAAACAAAGCCGGAGUUUUGAUGAUGCCAAGAAUGGUAGUUCGGAGGAUCUAAAAGCCAUGGAGGAGGAGGUUGCUUCCCUGAAGUCUAGGAUCAAGACCUUGGAAUCUGAGUGUGCUGCCAAAACAGAUGAGGUUAAAUCUGCUGAAUCUAAAUCAGAGGCUUUGAAAAAGCAAUCUGAAGGCCUACUUCUUGAAUAUGAUCGGUUGCUUGAGGACAACCAGAGCCUUCGUAGCCAGUUGCAGGAAAUUGGUCAAGGCCUUGCAAACUCUGAUGGCAAGAAAACCAUGUAAAGCAAAUGCCCCAUGUAAUCUCAAAAUUAUGCACCCUUUUGUUUUAUGGUGUAAAUCGGUGCCUAAUUAGAAGAUGCCCGCAUUGGCACAUUACUCAUUGUCAAUGGUGUUCGAGUUUAGUUAACUCCAUAUGUAAUAGACCUGCCCAACUGCAUCUUUUAAUUUAUAGUUUUAACAGGGGAAUGUUUGUUCUUAUAGAAGAACGUAGUGAUAAAAGUUUUGAACAGUUUGAAAUUCUGGUUCAUAACCUAAAAGUUCAAGCUUGGUUUUCAACCUUUUGUUUUUGUUUGAAUACAAUGUUAACAAAGAAAUAAAAGCAAACUAGUUGAAA